UGCUUGCUGCUAUGGCGGCGGUGUUGCUGGCAGCAGUGGGCUAUCAAUGUGCUGCCACCUGGAGAUGGUUUAUGGGCAGGACUCGUCGGGAUUCGCAAGACAGCAAUUGUGAUUCUCAAUCUCGCCAAGCGGCCAUUCGCAUCAGCCACUCCCUGCCUGAUCUACAAACAGAACCACUUAAAGAAGAAUAUGUCCAGGAGCAUAAAGAUACUAAGAAGGUACUGCGGCAGACAACCCUGCCAAUUGUUCCUGAUCGUCAUCAGACAUUCCAACGACAGCUGUCCCAUCGGCUCGAUCUUCCAUCCAUCCAGUUCAGCAUCUGCAGUCUUGAACGAGCGGAUUCUUCAAUAGGACUCAUUAAGCCGGAGCUGUACAAGAACGAGCUGGUUCGUCAGUCGUCUUCGGACAGCGGUGACUUGGAAUUCUGCGGGAAACUGCACUUCGCUCUGAAAUACGAUCAGGAAGUUGAAGCGCUAGUUGUUAAGAUAUUUGAAGGCCGUGAUCUUCCUAUCAAAGACGUAACAGGAAGCAGUGAUCCGUACAUUAAAGUUUUUCUUCUGCCAGACCGCAAGAAGAAGUUUCAAACGAAAGUUCACCGCAAGAACCUCAACCCGGUUUUCAAUGAAACAUUUUUGUUUAGCGUCCCCUACGAAGAACUUCGUCAGCGCUACCUCCAGUUCUCCGUGUAUGACUUCGACCGGUUCAGCCGUCAUGACUUGAUUGGCCACGUGGUCCUCAAGGGUCUACUCGAGUCCGCUGACCUUACCCAGGAGAUUGAGUACACCAUGAAUAUACUUGCACCACCUCAGGAAAAGAAAGACCUCGGAGAACUGAUGUUGUCACUGUGCUACUUGCCGACUGCGGGCCGUCUCACUGUAACAGUUAUUAAGGGAAGGAAUCUCAAGGCAAUGGACAUCAAUGGAUCAUCAGAUCCGUACGUGAAAAUAUGCCUCAUAUGUCAGAGCAAGCGAAUCAAGAAGAAGAAGACUACGGUUAAGAAGAACACAUUAAAUCCAGUUUACAAUGAAGCUCUGGUGUUCGAUCUUCCAGCAGAGAAUGUGUAUGACGUCACCCUGCUAGUGAAAGUCAUCGAUUAUGAUCUAAUCGGGCAGAACGAGCUGAUUGGAUGCACAGCAAUAGGCUCCCACAUGAUUGGAAUUGGCCGUGACCAUUGGUUGGAAAUGUUGGACAAUGCCAGGAAACCAGUCGCUCAAUGGUACCCACUGAACAAGGGCCUACCUACCAACGUUCCGGUCACGUGCAAGGAUCUUAAAGAACAAAAUGUUGCGUUGAACUGCUUAAAUGGAAGAUGAAGGGUCGGACUAAACAGCUAUUUGAAAUGGAAUUAUCUCAAGAUGCCAAGGUUUUUAUGUAGAUAUAUGUUGUAUGUCCAUUUACUGUAGAUAUAUCUAUGUUAAUAUUACUUUAUAGUAGUAGAUGAACUUAAUCAUUAGAUCCAGAGUUAUCCUUAUAUUUUGUCUAGAUUGUAAUCGUUUUAGAAAACACUCGUUGUGUCAAUAUUGAUAGUUAUCUUAUGUCUCGCUCAUGGAUUUGUUGUUCGUAAAAUAUAUUUAUGAGAAUCUCUUCGACUGUGACGCUCUCUUUAUUACUGGAAGUCCUGUGUAUGACAGUAUUGCUAUAUAAAGUUAUGAGAAUACAGGAUUGAUUUAAAACUGAAUUUUGUGUCUCUUUACAAGUAAGGACGAAGAUUAGCUAGAUUACGAG